AUGUCGGAGAACGAUGACAAAAUUGAAACUAUGGAAAAUAAUCAAAAUGUACGUAUUGGUAUAGGAGAAAUCAUAGAUAUCGAACGGUACAAUUCUUAUAGAAAACUAACCCGCAUUACCGCAUAUGUAAUGAGAUUCGCAACGAACUGCAGAGCAACGGAAACUGAACAAAAGAAAGAUUUGUUACGUAGUGAUGAAAUUGAAAAUGCAAAAUUCCUAUGGGUAAGAUAUACACAAGGUAAAAUAUUUAGUGACGAAAUAAAUUGUAUAGAUAAUUCUACAAAACGUAAAACACUUGUGCGACAAUUUAAGCUAUUUCUAGACGAAAAGCAAUUAUUACGAUGUGGUGGCCGCCGAAUAGACAGUGCGACAGUAGGAGAAACAGUCAAGUUUCCAUAUCUGUUACCGGCAAAGGACCGUCUUGCACAUUUUAUAGUGUUAGAAGCACAUGAGAACACACUACAUUCAGGAAUAAAUACCACUCUAGCAUACAUACAACAAACAUUUUGGAUUCCGAAAUUAAGACAGUGCGUGAAAUCUAUAUUGUCGAAAUGUGUAACGUGCCGAAAAGUAAUCGAAAAAUCUUAUUCCGCACCAGAAAUUCCACCAUUACCAAAGGAGAGAGUUCAAGAUGCUACACUCUUUAGCAUAACCGGUGUAGACUUCACAGGUGCGCUAACGACAAGAAACAGACACAAUGAAGAAUCGAAGGCUUACAUUUGCCUAUUUACAUGUGCUGUCACUCGAGCAGUACAUUUGGAAUUAGUUUACGAUCUCAGCGAAGAAUCGUUUUUACUGUGUUUCCGGAGAUUUGUAAGUCGACGAUCAGUGCCGAAAAUUAUGAUGCGCUAA